CUGUCACCAUGUUCUUCACUCGCGGUGGGCGUGGAAAUACCAUGGGGAUGUGGUCGAUUGUGCAGUGUUCCGACAAGGAAUUGUACUGGUUCGAUGGCAAAGCCUUCACUCCAGACGACUUUAUGACGGAAAACAACCUCCACCUUUGGCAUGAAGGUUACAUCAGUACCUGGGCACGCGACCAUCAUUUCUUCCAGGCCGAGAGCCAUUCUUUGGAGCAGAUCCAAGAGGCAAUCGGCUCCGGCAACAUCUGGCGAUUUUCCAGUGACGAUCUUGAGCAUUACGGAACGUUUCUUCAAAAUGAAGGACUUCUAUACUAG